ACGUCACUUCCGCUUCCCGCCGCGCGCGGCUCCGGGACCACAACCGAGACGCUGCGGGUGGGCGUCUUGUCCAACGAAGGCCUGGCGGGUGUGCGUGGCUUUGCGCCUGCAUCGGGGCAGGCGGAGCGCUGCGAUCCGUAGGUGGCUCGCUUGAGCCUGGGGCAGCUGGAAGCGGAGCCGAGCCGUGCGAGGAAGAAGAUACUUACAUUGAUUUUUAUACCAGAGCAGACGGGCCUAAUUUAUCAAAGGUGGCACCAGCAGGGUGCCAAACACAGGAGCAAAACUGGUGCUAGUGCAGAAUGAUGAUGGUAGAUCUGAAGGUGGUUGAGCAUUUGGACCCUCAAAUCAGAACUCUGUGGGAGACUAAGGAGCCUGUGACACAGAGCUCCAAUCAAAGUAAGAAAUCUGCACAGACAGACAGUUUGGAUCCCAAGAGUUCUUGCUGGCAUUUCCGGAACUUUCAUUAUUCCAAAAGAGCUGGACCCCGUGAAGCUGUCAGCCAGCUUCAGGAAUUAUGCCGUCUGUGGUUAAGACCAGAGAUUCACUCAAAGGAAGAAAUCUUGGAAUUGCUGGUGCUAGACCAGUUCCUGACCAUUCUGCCCAGGGAGAUGCAGGCCUGGAUGCAGAAACACCAUCCACAGAGCAUUGAGGAGGCUGUGGACUUGGUGGAACACUUACAAAGGGAAUCUGGUCAAAGGAGGAAUGGGGUUGAAAUCCAUGAGCUGGGAAAGGAGCCAGUACUUUUGGGAGAAACAGCAGAGGCCCCAGGCUUAAAGGUGAAGCCAGCAGAGUCUCAAUCAGAAGGCAAGUCUCAGGAUGAAGAACUUUGGAAUACAUACCAGGGUAUACAAGAACAUCUGAGCAGGAGUAUUUGUAAAGAAACGGAGUCUGUAUUUGAGAGUGAUGUACCUGCUCAGCAGAGUCUAGCCUUUUCUGAACAGAAAAACACCAAAGACUGGACAUUGGCACCUGAUCUUGUCUUGUCUGAAUCCCAGAGCUUGUUGACAUUUGAAGAAGUAGCCAUGUAUUUUUCCCAGGAAGAAUGGGAGUUAUUGGAUCCCACUCAGAAGGCUCUCUACAAUGAUGUAAUGCAGGAAAACUAUGAGACUGUCAUCUCGCUAGCAUUAUUUGUGCUCCCCAAACCCAAAGUGAUCUCCUGUCUAGAGCAAGGGGAAGAGCCAUGGGUUCAAGGAUCCUCAGAGUUCAAAGACUAUCCCAGAGAGUCUCCUACAGCAGGGUUAAAACAAAAAAAGGACACUGAAAAUCAUCAGCCUGUAUCUCUUUCUGACUUGGAAAUGCAAGCACCAAGAGAUACAGUAUCAAAAAAGGCCAAAGUGAAAGUUCCCCAGAAAACAAUGGGCAAAGAAAAUCAUGGUGAUACCCACAGAGUAGGAAAAUGGCACCGAGAUUUUCCAGUGAAGAAAAGAAAGAAACUUUCAACAUGGAAACAAGAGCUGCUAAAACUUAUGGACCUUCACAAGAAAGACCGUACAGGAGAAAAGCCUUUUAAAUGCCAGGAAUGUGGGAAAAACUUCAGAGUUAGCUCUGACCUUAUUAAGCACCAAAGAAUUCACACAGAAGAGAAGCCUUAUAAGUGUCAACAGUGUGAUAAGAGGUUUAGAUGGAGUUCAGAUCUUAAUAAGCACUUAACAACACAUCAAGGAAUAAAACCAUAUAAGUGUUCAUGGUGUGGGAAAAGCUUCAGUCAAAAUACAAACCUUCACACACACCAAAGAACUCACACAGGAGAGAAGCCCUUUACAUGUCAUGAAUGUGGAAAAAAAUUCAGUCAGAACUCCCACCUCAUUAAACACAGGAGAACCCACACAGGUGAACAGCCUUAUACCUGUGGUAUAUGCAAGAGAAACUUCAGCAGACGGUCAAGCCUUCUUAGACACCAGAAACUCCACCAAUGAAGGGAAGCUUGUCCAGUGUCCUUAUUCUGAGGAAAUUCACCAAAUGGAGUUUGACACUGAAAAAAUGCAAAAUCAUGAAGCAUGAAGAAUUUUUCCUCAUCAGAAAAUUGGGUACAUAUAUCAUAUGAUUCAUAGAAAGAUUGACCCAGCCAUGGAUACAUUAGUUGUACUACUUACUGUUUUUACUUUUAACUGUCAGGGAAUUCCUUAGCAUAAGAGAUGUUCUAAGAGCAUCUGGAUAAGGGAAAGGGCUCUUUUGGGAUUGUACAUGGAAAAUAGCAAUUUCAGCUUUAGAUAGCAGAUGCAGCCAGUUAGUAGUUCACUGUGAUGACAGAAGUAAAUACAGAUGGUUUUGCAUUGAUCUCUCCAGUCACUUCAACAUAGUAGAAACAUUUGUAAUAUAGUCUUCCAAGAUGAAAAACAGUGAACAUUUGUCUAUAUUUAAUUGCAAACCAUUGUCUUCAGGGUAACAGGCUUAACAUUUUCAGUGAUCUUGUGGGGCAGAAAUUAAUUCGAAUGGAAAGUUUUUUCCAGGAGCUAAAUUAGAUUUUUUUCCUUUCUCUUGUCAUUAGACACUGUUCACUAGAGUGGACAUCAUUGGAGUUUCUUGAACUUUUUAGCAACUUAAGCUCUUGAAUCCUUCCUGUUAGCACAAAUUUUACUGUGAUAAAACAAUAUUUACUUCACCACUAGGGAAUCUGCCAGGUGGACUAAUAAUGCACUAUUUAUGCCUCUCAUUGGUGGUGUUUGAAAAAUGGAAAACAUCUUUAAUGAGAGCAUAUGAAAACGGGUUGGAAUUUGUAGCCAUGAAUAUAUAUUAGAUGUAAGGAUUUUCUGUGAUAAAAGUAGACUGUUUCCUUACCUCAAGAUGUCAGGAUAAAGCAGUCAUAAAAAUUAGCACUUGUCCAAGGAUGGAAGAAAGUUUAGGAUCAACUUCUUACAGUUUUUGUUUACUUCUUAAUUUGGCUUUUGUUUCUUAAGAAAAAAGAGUUAAUGUUUGUAUGAGAACUGGAAUGUGUGUGUGCUAUUUGAACAUGUAUUCAGCAGGAGUUUGGAUUCCUAAAAGGAAAGUUUGGUAACUGAUGAUUGGUGUUGGGCAAGUAUAGGUAGAUCUACAUCCAUGUUGUUAUGUCUCACACUGAAAGUUCUUAAGCAGGGUCCACCUGUCUGUUCUUUCCAGCACAGUAUAGGUGAUAAAUUUGAUGGAUUGCUGUCAGUCUGCAUAGCCUAUGGAUUUUCUUAAAACUGACAAAACAGUAACUCAGGUUUGUUCCUGGUAUGGCUUUUAGGUAUGUCAAGAAAGAGAUUAAUUAUCUCUUCCAAGUCUCUCUUAAAUAACAAGUUGAGACUCAAAGAGAUGGAGGGCCAGUAUGGUGCAUACCUGUAAUCCCAGCUUCUUGGGAGGCCAAGGCAGGAAGAUCACAAGUUCCAGGCCAGCCUGGGCAAUAGGGAGAUGCUGUCUCAAAAUUUAAAAAGGGCUGAGGAUGUAGCUCAGUGUUAGAGUGCUUACCUGGCAUAGGUAAGGACCUGGGUUCAAUCCCCAGUACCUCUCCCCCAAACACACAUACACAGGCUUAAGAACUCAUUGCUAGAGGGUCUGUGGACUAUCACAUAGCAUCAUCUAUCAUAUAUGAAGGCAGGAUUAGUAGGACCAACUUAUUACGUUAUCCCUACACAGCCAGCCUGAAUAAUGUGUUAUAUUGAAUUCUAGCUUGUAAAACACUUAUGUUUCUUGAUUGGCAUUUCUUGGUUGGUUUGUGAAACACUCUUGUUGUCUCCAUUUUCUCUCUGAAAUAGAGAUAUCAUUCAAUUCAGGGUUGUUUGGGGAUUAGAUGGAUUGAUGAAAGUACAGCACCUAAAACAGGGCCUUGCCCAUAGAAACAUGGUGAGUAUAUGUUCUUUCCCUUUCCCCUGCUUCCCAGUGGUAAGUUGGACUGGCCAGCUACAUUAAGGAGGCAAAUGGCAUUUGUGGCAACUCCAUUCAGAAAUUGAGAACUUACAGUUAUUAGGCUAAGAUGACUUGAUUCUUGGCUUUAGUGUUUUAUUGUGUACAUCACGAGAACCACCUGAGCUAUUGGUCAGGAGUUCUUGGCAGUUUUAUCUCUGAGGUCAGUUGCACCAAGUUUAUUUUCUAAGCCAGCCAGCUAUGAGGCUGUGGUCUGCCUAGUCUUUCAGUCUUUGACCAUUCUCUCAGGACAUACAUGUAUUUCUUAACAGAUAUGCAGUCACUCAGCUCUAUUGUGUUCUGGACGCUGUCCUAGACUCUGAAGAGACAGCAAAGGAGAGAACACAUCCUUUCAUGGAGAUUGUAUUCCAGUGAAUUUAGGAGAACUGAGGUAAAAAGAAUGGUUUAGCUUUCUUGUUUCUUGCAGUAAGGUAGGAUCAUGAGAGAUUUGGUCAGUGGGUCAUGGGCAGAAGCCUCACUUCCGGGCUGACACAUUUGUUUUCUGGUGCAAGACUCUAGUACUCUCCUUUCCUGCCUUAAUCAUGGAAACAUAUAUAUGAGUAGAGGAGCCACAAGAUCAAAGCCAUCAGGAAUAUUGAGUCCCAGCUUAGAGGUCAGGUUUUCUGAAGCCCCCAGACCUGUAAUGUAUUUUGUGGGAAUGAAAAAUAAAUUUCAUGUUAAAGCAUGGACAUACUGGUGCCGUGUGUUUCUGCAGCAUAACCUAGCCUGUUUAAGCAAUUGUUUGGUGGGUACACUUGUAGAAAUCAAGAAAAUUUCCCUUUUCAUUUCACCUGACUUUGGUCCUUUAAGGAUCUAGCUUCUCUUAUAUGCUUGGCAGCUAAUGCAAUUCCACUUGAAACAAUUAGGCACUCAAGACUGUAGGUUAUAGGGAAGAAAGAAAUUGCUGUCUGGGACAGUGGUAUCAAGGGGAAAUUAAUGGUUCAAGUGGACAAGGCAACCCUUCCUUCCUCUCUAGCUUUAUUCUGUUUUCCUCAUUGUUUGUCUUCCUGUCCCCCACCCCUCCCCUGGACCUCACCUGUAGGUGGUGUGUCUAUUGAUGUUUGGGUUGGGGAGGGAGUAGGGGUUACCUUCCUUUUUUUUUGUUUUUUUAGAGAGAUUUUUUAAAAUAUUUAUGUUUUAGUUUUUGUGGACACAACAUCUUUAUUUUAUUUUUAUGUGGUGCUGAGGAUCGAACCCAGUGCCCCGCUCAUGCCAGGUGAGUACGCUACCGCUUGAGCCACAUCCCCAGCCACCUUCCAUUCUUGAUGGAAUAGUAUAAUUUGGAAACUGCCUCUGUUAUACUUACUGUCAGUUGUAUACCUUAGAAAACAGAAGAGAUAUAGGGCAAAGCACAUUUUCUCAGACUGGUGUAGAGAGGAAAGUGGCUGCUCUGAGCUAAGAGAUGACAGUUGGGGAGAAACUUGAGCAGGAAAUUAGGACAGUUGCAGUUCUUCAGUGAGAAGCUGCCAGUGGGAAAGUCCUGGCUUAGACUGUAGUGAUCAACACAGUGUCUCACAUUGUCUUAGGCUUGAAAUUUGGGGUAGAAUUUGGAAGAAAGGUUUUGUGAAUCUUUGUUCAAAUAUGAAAUAUGAGAGGCAACUGUAGCUUUAGCCUUAAACAUUAAGCACUAAAGUUCUAAUGAAUAUGUCCUUCAAAAGCAGCCAGAUGAUUUCCAGCACAAACCAGAAUGGUGCUUUAUUUUCAUUUGUUCAGAUAGCAGUAUUAACAAAAUUGUUUCUGAGAACUGUAUCAUUUCUUAGUCUAGACUGCCUUCAUCUCCCCCUGCUAGUCUAAGUGGCCAGUUGCUAGAAUCAGCCCAGAUGUGGAGUUCUUGCCAUUGAGCUUUGCUCCCUUACCACAUACCCAAAAGUAAUGGCCAAGUAAUCAUGGACUGGAAUCUCAAAUUGUGAGCCAAAAUAAAUCUUUUCUUUUUUUAAGUUGAUCAUCUCAGGUAUUAUAGUAAUGGAAAGCUGAUACAUAAGUAUAAAGCCAUAUUUUUGUUACUGAAUCUUUCUACACUUGUUACUUGUAUAGUUUUUUGUGUAGGUUCACUGGGGAGCAAGGUUGGGCCACUUUGAGACACCUUCAGUAGAUUUAUUUAAAAUCUUUUUAUCAGUGGUUAUGAGGCAAAAAUGAUUACCAAGACAUGAUAGAGAAUAUGUGGCUGGACACAAUGGUGCACACCUGUGAUCACAGAGGUAUGAGAGGCUGAGGCAGGAGGAUCACAAGUUCAAGACCAGCUUCAUUAAUUUAGCAAGACUCUAAGCAACUUAGUGAGAUCUUGUCUUGAAACAAAAUGAAAAGGACUAGGGAUGUAGCUUGAUGGUAAAGCGCCUCUGGGUUCAAUCCCCAGUACUUGGACCAGGUACAGACUGUGGCAGAUUUAAUAGAUUGUCAAUGGUCAUUUAGUUGAAGAAAAUACAUUAUGGUGCAUUAGCCUCAUGUUCUGAGACCAUCUCAAGGGCUCUCUCUACCAAAUUGACCAUGAAAUCAUGAGAAAAGAUACCUAAAUAAACUACACAAUAUUGUA